AUGGAGCCCCCUCGUACCCCGUCUCUCAGUGCCCUUACAGACAGCCCCCAGAGGGACAGCCUCUACAGACGGCAGCUACUGCAUGACCCAGCUCCGUCUCCCCCGGUCAGAGACAUUGGGCUGUUUAACUGUGGAUCUCCAUACCACGUUCUCUACACAGACCUGGAGGAGACCCCGCUCACUGCCAAUGAUCUGGACCCCCACUCAGAGCUGGAGGGUGACGCCCCGGACGGCUCGUUCUCCAACCGGAACGGGCGCCAUGCCAUCGGGCACGUGGACGACUACAGCGCUCUGCAGCAGCAGGUCCUGGAGGGGAGGAGUCUGGUCCAGCGAAUGGAAACAGCCCUGCAGGCAUUCCUCAGCCAAUCAAUGCUGGAGGGCAGCCAGGACCAGGUCCUCCUGGACUAUGGGAGUGUGAGGAGUCUGCUGUCGAACACCAAGACCCUGAGACAGAUCCUAGAGGAGGUUGUGUCCCUGACGAAGAUGUUUUGGAGGGCUGCCCUGCCCAGCACAGACCGUUCCACCCAUAACCUUAAGAAGGUGCACUAUACAUGA